CAUGUCCUUAAUGGCAAAUGCUGGCGCAAUGCAGAAAGAUCCAGGUGCUUAUAACACUGUUGGCUUGUUCCGUAUCCUCUUUCUAGCUCGCAAUAAACAUUGCGACUGCUGAAAGUGCCUUGCACGAAUGAUUAUAGGGAGACAGCGAUGUCUAUCUUAUUCAAAGCCGUUGGAGUAAGGUCCUGCUUUGGGUUCAAAGACUUGCACAAUUAUUCCAGCCGAAAGUUUACAAAAGCCUUGCACAAUGAGGCUGAUGCCUCCAAGAAGUGACACAAACCGAUAUUCAGUGCAGCGGACAGCCUCUAAGGACUGGCGAGCACGACAGGACGACUAUGAUGAACACGACUAUAGCGCGGGAGAGGAAGAUGCAAGGGCCCCAGCCCCCACUGCCGCCUUCAUGUCGGAGCAGCUGCUUCGUGACAAUGUGUCGUACGCCCUGCAGGCCCGACUGGCUUUCUCGCCGUACUUUGAAGAAUGCAGCAGCACCAGCGGUAGCGCCCCUGGAUCCAUGCCGGUUCCGGAGCCGUCCUCAGCCGAGGGCGGCUCUUGCUCUUCCUCCUCAACCCCCUCCUUGUCGGCUGCUCGUGUCGUACUUGAGCGUGUCGUACUGCAGCGGUUGCGGGAGCUACAGCUGCUCGCGGAGUGGCCGCUGCUGCUGCCGCCGCUACAGCCGCAGCAGCAGCAGGAGAGGCCGGGAGCAGGAGGCGCGGGGUCUGGGGCGGUGACGG